UAAUAAGACGUGUCACCUUAUUAAAAGCAAAAAUAACAAGUUUAAUCAUAAUAAAACUAUGUGUAAUUAAUUUAUGUUUAUAUUUUACAGAAAUAUAUGGCUGGAAACCCAAAUUAUGAAGGACAGCGGCCUGGUUUUGUUUACCCACCGAAAGGCACAUACCAACUAGAUUGCCAACAACCACAAUACUUAGCCGGACAUUCAUGUCAACAACCAUACACCAUGUACCAGCAAGGACCUCAGUCAGGCGUGUACCGACAACACAGACUUUGGCCAGACAUGUCCCAACAGCAAGGACUUCAAGAAGCCACGUUCCCACAGCAAGACCCUCAACAAGCAGUGUACCCCCAGCAAGGACCUCGACAUGCCACGUUCACAAAACAAGGACCUCAACAAGCUAUGUUCACACAGCAAUGCCAUCAACAAGCAAAUUUCCAGAACCAAAGACCUCAACAAGCAACGUACUUACAGCAAGGACCUCAACAAGCCAUGUACGCACAGCAAGGACCUCAACAAACCAUGAACGCACAGCAAGGAUCUCAACAAACCAUGAACGCACAGCAAGGACCUCAACAAACCAUGAACGCACAGCAAGGACCUCAACAAACCAUGAACGCACAGCAAGGACCUCAACAAGCCAUGUACGCACAGCAAGGACCUCAACAAACUAUCUUCCCACAGCAGGUGUUACUAAAUAAUGUUUUUGAGUCAAACUCCAUGAACCUACAACUAGGACCUCAACAAGCUGUUAACGCACAAGGUUUUCUCGAUUACCACAGAUUUGACGGAAUUGCUCAUGCAGGCAUCCUGGAUUUCAAAACUUGUCCAGACAUGUUGCUAGACCUUUCUUUGACGAUUACCGUUGAGCCGUUGAGGACUGAAUUGAAGUCAUUACAUUGCCAGGCCUUGAAGAUUGGGAAUGAUUUCAUCGGUACAUUUUCACACCAAGGCGCAAAUGUUUUAAGAAUGAAACAUAAACUAGCAAAAGUAAAUUGUCCAGGAAAAGUUGACAUUGAUAAUUUGUCAAGAUCCGUGAAUAAUUUUAAAACAGUAAUGAAAUUACGAGAAGCAAAAACCAUUGGCUUCCGUUCAGUCGUUCACAACCUUACCGAAAAAUGCAGAGAAGAGAAGUUGAAAGCAGAAAACAAGCGAACCAUAGCAAGUAUGGAAAAAUCAUCAUCUGAAAGACAAAUAAAAAAUGCUGAAAUUGAGCUUAAGCGUAUUCAGAGAGAGAUUGUACAAAUAGAAAAUGCUGCAGUUGAUCUGGAAAAUCGUGCAUUAGAUCUUAAACGGAAGUGUAACGAAUAUCGCCAGAAAGGAAAUUUGUGGGGAAUUUUUACUGCAGCGGCUGGAUUUGUUCUAGGAUUUUUUACAGCUGGUGCAACUGUGGUACCUGCACUGGUAAUUGCAGGCAUUGGAGCGAAAGUAAACUUUAACUCAGCGGAUGACUGCGAACUAAAUGCGAGAAGGCUUCAAGAAUCUGCUAAUGACAAAAAUCUUGAAGCUCAACGGCAGAAAAAAACUAGAGAUUAUUUUAUGGGCCAAAAGAAUGCAAAUGAAAAUAGACUCGACGAAUUGGAGAGGGAAAUAUAUAAUCUGUGGAAAACAGGCGAUGCUAUGUAUUCUAUUGAACAGUUUUUGUACCAUUUCAUCAGCAAAAUAGGCUAUGUUACAGAAGUAUUACAGGAAUUGGACUUGAAACUUCACGAAACUCAUUUGGAGAAUGGCACCUUCAAAAUGUUGCAAGAAUUAUUUUUUGAAGACGAACUAACGUUCUCUGAGAUAGCGAACGAAGGAUUGUCGGAGUUAAAGGCGAGAAAUGUUUCAAGUAUUGUAUUAAUUUCUAGAAAGUGGUUGGUUGAAGAAUUUUCGGGUUCUUAA